GUGCUCAGUUGCGAACGAACAGCGUUGCAAGGUGGACCCGGCUUUUUGUGCCAAUCGUGACUAAAGGACUUUCGGGACAAUCGACAUCCUCGAUCCAGAACAGGUGCAAGUGCGUCUCAAGGGUGUUCCAACUUCCGUGUGUGUUUUCGAACAGAUUCCCUUAAAUCCCACACCAUUUGAAUGGAAUAGUGGAACAAGUUCUCCCAAACAAACACAAGUGAAGAAUACAGUGGAUCUUUGAUGGUGGAGAAGAAGGAUCCCAAUUCAAAUAUAGCAAUUGUUUUCCUUCAAAGGAGAUUGCGACUGGCAAGCGAACAAGUGUGCUACAGUUGUACAUAAAUUCCUCACUUUCGCCGUUUUCUCGCAGCCAACGACAAAGCAAGAAGGGCGACAGUGAAACAGUGAACUACUCAGUAGAAACAAUUCCACAAAUCUUUUCCAAGUCAAUUUCAGUCCAACCUUCUCUAGUGUGGGUCUCGAUCGAAGUUCGAAGGAUCCACAGAACCAUAGACCCCAACCAUUUGUCUCUCCUACCCACCCCCUUAUGCGAACGUUCCACUAACACCAAUACCAUCACCCAAGUCCCUGCUGCUGCUGUCUGGCCAGAGUUUUCAACCAAAUCGAGUUGAGUCUGCAUCGAUUGCGCUCUUCCCUCUGACAACUUGUGUUCCAGCAAUGUGUUCCAAAGGAUGAUGCCCCCUCGUUUUUCUCCUCCUAGCCAUUCCAAAGUCUUUGGGAGAGUGUGAAAAGCAAGUGAUGUGAAAAAUGGAACCUGGUUCGCUUCCUCAUGUCCUGGGAACGCUCUUCGUCCUGUCAGGGCUUCACUUUGAAAGCAACUUCGUGGGUGGUCAAGGCGGUUCUGGGCGAGUUCGGCGUUACUUGUCUGGUCGGAGACAGAGUGAUGCUUGUCAGGUCCCGGUCUCAUGGGAGGGCGACUGGUUCGAGUACGGCGAGAGGCGACCGGUUCAGAUCACCCCGGAUGGAAACAUUACUCACAAGGGGGAGUGCGUCUACAAGAAAGGGGACAAAUAUGUAUUCAAGGAUAGGAACCAAAAUUGUUUUCGUUGCGCUGUGAUGCAUCUCAAACAUGAUAAUGUCAUUCAGUAUAAAGAAAGCUUCUGCGAGUCCAACUUCAACCCACGGCGACCCACUGACCUCUGCUACGACAUAACAGCUGACUCACCUCUUCGGAGUCUGUUUCGCCUCAAUGGUCAAACGAGUCCAUGUCCAAUUCAGGGCAGCUAUUCCUUGACCUACAGUCGAGGCUUGGGCCUUUGCGAGUACCCCAAGUCUUCCAUUUCGCAAUGUUCGGACAAGUCCCAUUUGGUCUUUCGAUAUCAGGCUUGUGCUGAUAUUCCGAGGAGCGAGAGUAGCGUAGAGGAGCUCCGAUGCUUGGGAUCGUGGAAAGAGGGCAGCACUUUCUACUUCUUGGGACUAAUGAACCACUCGAGGGUGAAUACUGAUGACUGGGAGGGGCGGUUCCGAUGCUUCGCCUACCAGAAGAUCUAUGAUGGAUUCCUCUUGAGUCAAUCCGGAGAGGCGUUGUGUAAUCUGUAUUCGGCCAAGGAAGGGGAUCGAACCAUGACCUUGAAGCGAGUUUACAAUCACGAGGAGACGUGCUCCUUGCCCCGAUGGCUUCUGGAGGAUCACCAUCAAUUCCAGAACCUCAACCAAACCAUGACCUAUCACUUCAACCAACCUGGGACGAGUCUCACUGUGACGUCUUUGGAGGAGCAAACCGAGCGGAAACUCAAAUGCAACACAAUUGUGGACGACAGACCCAUGGAGGCGCGCGCCAAGGUUGUGAUGCAGGUCAACUUUGAAUGUGAAAGUGGUUUCCUAUGCAUGGACGUGGAGAAGAAGUCUCCCCACAUCCUCUCGUUGCGAAUGGGACGCUUAUCGAGGAAUCGCGAUGAAGCUUGCAAUCCACAUCUAUUCUUUGAUGUUUCCUCGGACAAGACCACUCUGAUAAGCUCGAAACACUACCACUCGCGUUGUCCUUUGGUGGGAAAAUAUCUGAUUAGGACUGGAUUGGGGCUGUCAAGUGGAUCGUUGGCAAUCCAAUCAGGCCAAUCAUUCACUAAUUGUCAGAACAACUUGAACCACCACGCAUCCCAGCAACCUUCUCGGUCUGGAUGGCCUUCGUUGCCCCGUGAUUACCUCAUUUUCGGUUGCUCGGGAGAUUCCAAGUUCCAACUUCGCUCCAACCAACUUUGUGAUGAGAGGAAGACAAGUGCAAAUGUUGGUGACACUUCAAGCAACCCAGGAAAUGGAUUCGAGUCCGGGUCUGAUUAUCUUAAUGAGCAAAGCAUUCAAGAUUUCUCAUGCCAUGGUGGCUGGUUCGAGCCCAGUCCCCGUUCGGUCGACCACGCCCUCAUGGAACAAUCGGCGGGUCCUAUGCGAGACGCGCAAGGCCUGAUCCAAUCAAAAAGCCGGAUGUACGGAGAUGUGGCGAGUGCCCAAUAUCUGAUCAUCUCGCCUCAUCAAAGAGCCUCCAACUCACCCCGUCGUCUUUGUGCUCUUUUGACACCCCUUGAUUUGGGCGAAAAGAAUGUAACUCUGAUUGCCAAAGCUGGGGAUUGUCCCUCCAACCCCUACGGAUCGGAGAGCUCCCGAAAGGGCGACCAGAGGGAGGAGGAAUUCUUCUGGAAUUUUCAGCUUGAACGAGCCAGCGAGUGUGCGCAAGCUUUGGCCACAGCGAACAGCGGUGUUCGUCCUCGGAUUUGUCAGUGUUUCAGUGCUUUCUUUGUUUACGUCAGUGUUUACUCUCGUGUCUUGUGGUAAUGGAAAUCGUUUUGAGGGCGUCAACUCGAACUUGGAGCGUAUAAGAAUGGUCCUCCAGAUCAAACCAAAAAAACACGGCUGCUUUUUCCUCUUCUCCUGGUCCGACAACUGUUCGUAUGCCGACAACUUCAUUCAUUGAUUUGAUUGUUCUGACUGUGAUAAAUGUUUCUAUGGCAGCAAACUGAAUUUGAUGGUUCGCCUCCGACCAUUUUGGCAUUGGGCAAAUAAGCCAAUUUAUCUUCUUUGGUAGUAGUACGUACAACAACGGUAUCAUAGUCCACCUAAUCUAGAUUGAUGUCAAAUCCAAUUCGACCCAAAACCGCCCGAUCAAUCAUUGUGGGCUCUAAAUUUCGGAACCUCUCCGUUGUAGGAAAGAAAAGCUCCUUCAGUUUGGUUUCAGUUCCUGACAAUCAGCUAGGUUUCUCUUGCUUUUUCAAUGUCGAUUUAGGAUUUAGUCGAUUUUCUGUCAAUGAUGUUUUAGAAUUUCUAUGCUCUUGCACUCUGCCAAGCGAAUAAUACCAUGUACUCUACGACAACAUAAAUCCAUGAAGGUGUAUGAAAUACAAAUUUUAACGAUUGAA